GGCUCUGAGUGUCGAGGGUUUGUAUUCGAUCACUCGUUUUUUUCACUCAUCGCGUUCGGACGGCUCUGCGGAAACGGAAAGAGUAACCUUAGCAGCGAGCGAGUGAGGUGAUAGCGCGGCAUAACGGUCCAAAACACCAUUUUAAUGAAACAACAAUGAGAUCAAUAAUUAAUUAAUAUAUGUAAAUAUAAAUAAAGAUACUUGGCGUCCAGCCCCAGGCCAAAAUCCAGUGGCCAGUGAUUGUGUGAGUGCAAUAGAAACCGCAGAGAUAAUCGAGCAUCGCUCUCUCCCCAACACUCUCCCCAACCACGGUGCGCGCGCAAUUCGCUAAAAAGUGCAAGUUUGUUUAAAUCGAAUCUGAAGAGAACCAGAACCAGGAAUAUAUAGCCAAAAUCCAUCACAAAACCACUCUGCCCAAAUCUGCCAGUGCGUGUGUGUGUGUUUGUGUGUGUGUUCGGUUCCUCCUUUCUUCGGUUCUUGUUUCGCCGCAUCGCCUUUCGUAUCGCCUUUCGCGUCCUAUAAGCCGGCCUAAACCGUCUCCUCUUCAUCCUGCGCCCCUACUAUCCUUUGUCUCCGGCACGUAAUCUCUCUCUCUCUCUGUGGCCAGUACCCCGAUAUUCGCGUUUACGGCCCUAAUCAACCUGCUGAUCCCAGAUCCCACAUCCCAGAUCCCAGAGGGCUCUAAGAAAGAGAGGCCUAGUCGGCGAUAUCCCGAUCAAGAUAGUCCACCUAACUCUAAUUUGAAGCUGUAAUUAAUUUGGAUACCCUAAUAAAACCCAACGCACGAGCAAGAGCCAGGCCCCCAGUCCCCAGCGGUUCUAGAAGGGCGCUGUUUUAUUGCCCCGCACCGAUGCCUGCGCAAUAUGGAAUUGGCGAUUUGUAAAACAGAUCUGUCUGCCACGAAAUUUAUGCUGCCCCCAGCUCUGCCCGCCUCCGCGGCCAUUGGAACAACAUCAGCGGCCGCUGCAACAGUAUCUUCGCACUCGCACUCCCAUUCUACAGCCGCCGCCGCCCAAUUGGCAUUCCUCGAUAAGGCAGCCCACGAGCUCUUCAACCUGAACGCCAUCAACGGACAUCUGUUCAAGCCGCCGCCCAGCCAUCACACUAAUAGCAGUAAUAGCGCCGCCAACAGCUCCAGCCAGGCCAGCACCAUGAGGCUCAAAAAGAACCGCAAAGUCACAUUUCUAUCCAGCAUAGUUGAGUCGAAAACCAUCUUCAUCAAGGAGGAGCCCAUCCAUGGCUGCAAGGACUUGCCGCCUCCGAUCUGCAGUCUCUCGGAUAUUUCAGAUCAUGAGGCCUCAUUGGAUGUACCCACCGCCUUGCCACCCCUCACCCCAGGCACCAAUCGCAAGGUCAACGAGGUGCUCAAGGCCUCCUUUGCCUCCUGGGAGAAGGAGGUCCAAAACUGUAACAUAACCAAAGAUCCCCGUGAGUGGACGGAGGAGCAUGUCAUCUACUGGCUCAACUGGGCCAAGAACGAGUUCUCGCUGGUCUCCAUGAACCUGGACCCCUUCUACAAGAUGAAGGGCCGCGCCAUGGUCGAUCUCGGCAAGGAGAAGUUUCUGGCCAUCACGCCGCCCUUCACCGGCGACAUUUUGUGGGAGCACCUGGACAUCCUCCAGAAAGAUUGCGAGAAACCAAAUGAGGACAUUGUGCACGGCAACUCCUUUGAGUCGGCCACCACGGCCUCGGUCUGUGGAUCGGACCACCAGGUUGCCAGCUACCCCACCGAGCCACCCGCCCAAGUCAACAGCAGCAACAGCCGGCUGUCCAUGGAUUUUGUGACGGGGCCGGCGAACAGUGAUAAGAGCAAUUUCCACCCAGCCACGCCCGCCGCCCUCGCCCACAACGGCUACAGCAGCAACACUCAUGAUCGCACCAACAACAGCCCGCCCCCGCAGCAAUCGCAGCAGCAGCAGCAACAGCAGCAGCAGCCGACUGUCAAUGGCAACAACAACAACAACAACAGUGGCGGCAACAACAAUAGCAGCAACAACAACAAUACCAACAACUCCAUGCUACCGCCCGCUGUACAACAAAAUAGCAACAACAACAGCAACGAAAACAACACCAGCAGCAACGUCAACAGCAACAGCCACAACAGUGGCAGCAACAACUCCAAUGCGGGCAGCAACAACAACAACAACAAUAAUAACAACAACAAUAACAUCAACUACAUGGCCGCCAUGGCGGCAAUCUACCAACACCAGCUGAAGGAGGAGCCGGGAACCGGCCAGAACGGUGGCAGCGGGUCCUACGGUGGCAGCCAGAACGAUCCCACGGAUCUCAGCAGCUACGGGCUGCCCAGCCACCUGGCCGCCUACACAAGUGGGGCGGGAGGCGGUGGCAGCUCGGUGGGAGGCGGCAACGAUGACAGCGACUACCACAGCACCAUGUCGGGGCAGGAGCACCAGAGCCAGGCCUCGAGCGGAGGCAACGGACCGGGCAGUGGCGGCAACGGCAGCUCCGGCAACAGCAACGGCUACGGCAUGGACAGCAGCUCCGAGUUCUACAGCGCCUACGGUCGGGGGCGCUUCCACGACGGCUAUCCGCCGGAGUUCUCGCCCUACGACUCCCAGUCCUUCCAGUCGAUGGGCGUCCAGCCCACAGCCAUGGACCAGUGGGGAGCAGCCCACGCCCACCAGCACCCGGCGUACAUGAGCACCCUGGGGCUGGACAAGGGCCUGCUAGGAGGCUACACGACGCAGGGCGGAGUGCCGUGCUUCACGGGCUCCGGUCCCAUCCAGCUGUGGCAGUUCCUGCUGGAGCUGCUCCUGGACAAGACGUGCCAGAGCUUCAUCUCCUGGACGGGCGACGGUUGGGAGUUCAAGCUCACAGAUCCGGACGAGGUGGCUCGUCGCUGGGGCAUCCGGAAGAACAAGCCCAAGAUGAACUACGAGAAGCUGAGUCGGGGUCUGCGCUACUACUACGACAAAAACAUCAUCCACAAGACGGCUGGAAAACGCUACGUCUACCGCUUCGUCUGUGAUCUCCAGAAUCUAGUUGGGCACACGCCGGAAGAACUAGUGGCCAAAUAUGAUCUUAAGAUUGAGAAGAAGGACGUGGACUAAUGUGGGUGAUGGCUGCAGACUCCAGACUCCAGACUGCAGUGAGCUGCCCCCCAGCCGGAUUGUACUCAACCAGCCGCAAAAAAUACUUUCGAGCGUUAUUGUUUACCAAGCGUGAUGUUAGCUUUUAAGCAGCAGUCCCCCCGAUCUGCGAUCUUGCUACGAGAUUACCCACCCAACCUCCCCAACCUGCCACCCACCAGCAACCAGCCACCCCGAAAAUCCAAAACUAUCCCUACAACUUGCUUGUAAUUAUCGUGUAAAAAUAUUAGACUUUUGAAUUAAUUUGAAAUUAAUUUAAAAUACUUGAGAGUUAGCUUUAAGUGGCUUAAGUGGCGAAAAGAUAACCAGUUAAGAAAGGAUUAGAGGAAUGAGAGAAUUAAAUUUGAAGUUCUGUGUGCAAUGCGAAGGAUGUCUGCGGCAAGAAUCGAACAUUGUUAGAGGCCAUAAAGCAUGUGUCCCCCCAAAAGUGAUAUUAGAGCGCAACAUUUUGUUAUACGUAAAUAAUCAUUUUACCCGCACGGGGCACCAGAAACAUUUCAACAAACAAACAAUAAAAACGAAAAAAACAUAAAUCAUGCAUGUAUAUAUGGAAGGGCGAGCUGAUGAAGAUGAUAUAAGUAGGUCUCUAGUAUUUAUAUUGUAUAAUCUGUGUAAUCUGUGCUACUGGUACAACUAAGUUUUCCAACUUCCAAGCCACGUGUAUUUUUUAAAUCUUUUUUUUAUCCGAAACUCGCAAACCAUCUUGUGCGCUUCCGUGCGAUCCCAAAAGUUUUAAACGUAAAACGACAGGAUAAUGAACUACUCCUUGUUUUAGCCUCUAUGCGUACUUGUAGGACCUAGGCUCCAUAGAUUCCCAUAGUUAGCUGUUAAGUGCGUUGAUGUGUAUUUGUAUGUCUAUUAACUACUUAAGUCUAGCUCCUAGAUGCUAAGCCACGUAUUACGUAAAGUUACAAUUUAAAUGAAAACACAUACAUUUUGUAGAGAAAUUCUAAACUAUUGUAUUUAUACAGAGCGUACAUUGUAGUCUAGACUUAUCGAUUAACAUUGCUAAUGAUACAAACAAUAAAAGAAACGUCAAUUUGAAAACUCAA